GAGUACGAAACAGUGGCCAGUCGUUCGACCGGCCAAGUUGUGAUGUUCCCCGUGUGAGAGAGUCGUGCAGGGAGGGCGGCGUAUUUUUCUUUGUUCCCCCGUUAGGAAAAAAAGCCUAAUACUACUAAAUCAUGGCCGCUUUACCGAGGAGAAUCAUAAAGGAAACACAGCGACUGAUGGCCGAGCCCGUGCCAGGAAUCAGCGCUAUCCCCGACGAGAGCAACGCUAGGUACUUCCACGUCGUCGUGGCCGGCCCCGAAGGGUCUCCUUUCGAGGGCGGCGUCUUCAAGCUGGAGCUGUUCCUGCCGGAGGAGUACCCCAUGUCGGCCCCCAAAGUGCGCUUCAUGACCAAGAUCUACCACCCCAACAUCGACAAGCUCGGACGUAUAUGCCUGGACAUUCUCAAAGACAAGUGGAGUCCGGCGCUACAGAUCCGGACGGUGCUACUCUCGAUCCAGGCUCUGCUGAGUGCGCCCAAUCCGGACGAUCCCCUCGCAAACGACGUGGCUGAGCAGUGGAAGGUUAACGAAGCGGAGGCCAUCAGAACAGCGCGGGAAUGGACCAGGCUAUACGCCCAGAACGCCUGAGAGCGGGACGAGAGUGUUUCUUAGGAGAGCAGCGACCGCCGGAGACUCGCACCAAGUGCACUGCAGGGCCCCGGGGAGAGGACGGAGCAGCCUCCCUGCGGCCGAGCCAGGGGCCCCUUUCCACUUUGGUGUUUGUACACUUGCGUUUGCCCUCGAGCCGGCUCGCCUCGUGCCGCCUACACGGAACCUUCUUGUAAAUAAGUGCCGUUACUUUCCGCAGACUUGCCCCUCUUCUUUUUUUUUAACUUUGGAAUUAUUAGGAUGUCCUCUCGCCAGCGUUGGCUGCUUGGAUCGAAAAGAAACUGCAUCUAGGAAUUUUUCUGUUGAGUGCGUGACGGUCUUGUACAAAGUCUGAAAUAAAUCUUUUUUUCCCCCCUUUCUGAAA